AUGGAUGAUCAAUCAAAUAGAUCUAAUACUAAUGAUCUUCCAAUGCGUUCAGCUAAAUUAAUAGGAAAUGAAAAUCGUCAACUUUCAACAUAUAUCGAUAAUACGUCAUCUGCAUCUUCAAAUUCUAAAAGUGAAAAUAAGCCAGGUAUACGUAAUGUCGACAAUGGUAAUCUGAUGGCGUUAUCAAACUAUACCGAAAAUGAUGCUGUAAGUAGUUAA